AUGGUGAAGUACAACGUCCUUGACGAGAGCGAUUUCGACCUCGACCGCGACGACGAUCUCGAGAGUAUCAGAAGCGUGGAGUUGGGCCUCAAGGACGAGCAGGACAGCUCGCCUACGUUUCCGGACGAGUGGAAUCUGGACCGUGUUGCUUGGGAACAGCGGCUUCGCAGGGUCCGAAGGAUAGCGUGGAUCGAGGCCGGUCUCCUCGCUUUGCUGGUCGGUUAUGUCGUCGUGCUACACUUCCAGCGAUACAUGCCGCCGGCCGGAGAUGUGCCACUAGGAGUAGACCCUAGCGGAUUCGUGCCUCCGGACAUCGGCCAGCCGGUCAAGUGGAUGAAGUACGAUGACGAGACGGACCCUCACUAUUUCAAGCCAGAUGCUUUUGAAAAUCUCGACAAUGUGCGAGCAGCGGCGAAGGACUUCAAGAUGUUACACAAUGCCUCCAACGUACAUAUCAACGGAAAAUACACAACGUACAUGGACUUCAACAAUGAGCGAAAGCCUCUCCCUGCCUACGUAACCCGUAAGGGCUCCGAGCUCUACAGCAUCAGGGCAUUCCACCAGAUGCACUGCAUAUCAAUCAUAUUCGAGGACAUUGGCUACAGAGUAAACAACAAGACGUCGAAAUGGGAAACGGGCCAUGUGAUUCACUGUCUGAACACAGUGAGGUCCGCGAUAACAUGCCUUGCAGACGCGACCCCAAUUUCCUACAUCAAUGGUAUGGGAGUUGGACAUACUACGGACGAUCAGCAGAGCCACUGUCGAGACUUCUUCGCGUUGAGGGAAUGGGCCCAUGAUCCGGUCAGAAGCGCUCGAUGGGUGAAUAUCGCGCCCGAAGACGAAAAGGAUUCAUAUGUAGAGAUACUGUAA